AUGAAGUGCGGAUAUUUCGGAGUUAUUGAGUGGUCUCGCAAAAUCGGAUAUCCAAGAGUGAUUGAAGUAUCGUGCUGGAUGUUUAUUUUGUUGAUUGUUUGUUCACGGCGGACUCAUUCAUUGGCUUUUGAUAAUACAACGGAUCUUUUUGUUCAAAAAUGUGAAAUGGAAUGCGAUUUAAAGAGAGAUUACACAACUUGUAGCAAAUAUAAAGUCGCGAAAUGGUUAAACACAAUAGUGAGAGAAAAGGAAUUUAGUUAUGGACCAUUUCGAAUAAUAAGGAUACCAUCGAUUUACAAGCAAUCCUUUUUACCCUAUUUGCCACGUUCUCAAGCAUUUAAAAGUGGUAUAACAGAAGCUCUGAACUUUGUUAGAGAUAGUGUAGAGGAUUUAUUGACAAAACGUGCCAUUGUAUAUACGAUAGACAACUCGGCAGUUGCCAGAGAUGCCAGAGACUUCUCUUCGAAUUUGAUGUUUAUGGAUGAGGAUGAACUUGAGCGGCUAAAGGAUAGCAAAGAACCGGAAGGCGAUUGGCGAAUUUUCAAGAAGAAGAAAAAUAUUAUCUUUCCCAUUCUUAUAUUAUUAAAUUUAAUAAAACUGAAACUAUUGCUGUUACCAAUUUUCCUAGGAGUUCAUUUUAUUAAAAAACUUCUCGUACUUGGAUCAUUAAUUUUACCAUCAGUAUUCGCCCAUUUAAAGAUUUGCAAAGUGCAACACCCUCAUGCGCAUCAUGCACAUCCUUUUCAUCUGUGGUCCACUGCAGCGGAUGCAACAGCAGAUUAUCCAACAGGAUACGGAGCGGAUGACAGUAAUUGGCAUAGAAACGAUUAUCAGUUGGGAUAUCCGAGUUAUCAAAUACUUCGUAAUCCUUACGGGUGAAAAUAUAGAGUAUUCGUGAUCAUCAAUGAGAAUAUCGUAUUUGUAAUUUUCUGAUAAUCUUUCGAAGGCGAGUCAAUUACAUCGAAGCACGCGAAAUAACACUUUAACAAGUAGUGCAAUUACGAUUAAUCUAAUUGUGAUCCGUGUAUGUGAUCUUAGUAAUUUCCUGUAAAAUUACUCGUGGCAAUCACGGUGAAUGGAUAUGCACUGAAUGAACGUCGCCAAACGCUACGCUUAUCUCGGCUACGCUCGUUCGUCGCUUAUUCUAGCAAAGAACACUCGUGAAAUAACUUUCACAUAGUUUACCGUUAUUUGAGGAAUGUAUUGAUAUAUUUUAACCUUUGCAGCUCGCAGGUUUUGAGAAAGGAUAAGAUGUUAAGGAUACAUCCGGCUUUUUCUUAAAACUCCCAUUAACGGGAACGCGAAAGAGCGUAAAAUACCUGUUAAUUUUUUAGAACAUUAAU